AGGACCACAAGAUUAAAGAGUCUUAUUAUAUAACAAACACAAAGAAGGGAGAAAGCAAAGAUGAGUGGUUGUAAAACAGAGUCAGAAACAGAGCAAGAACAGAGUAACACAUCAAUUCUUCUACCAAUAUUCAAGUUCAAUCCUCAAACAACAAUGGUGGAUUAUUCUUAUUCUUAUUCUUCUUCUCCUGAGAGGUCAGGGAUUGUAACUCCACCACUUUGCACCUUAGCUUCAGUACCAUUUGGUUGGGAAGAGGAACCUGGCAAGCCAAGAAUAACUUCUUCUCCUUCUUCUAAUACUAAUGCCAUUGUUACUUUGACCAACUCAAAGUCAAAGUCAAAGUCGUUGCAACUUCCUCCAAGGUUGCAACAACUAGUUCAUGAUGAAGGUGAUGAUGAUGCAACCAAAGUUCACUCACCAAGCAGUGUAUUGGAGGGUCCUUAUUGUAUCUCAAGAAGCAACACUUGCCACCUUCCUCCGUCUUCUAGAGCUCUAGACAAAGGAAUGAGAAUGAAGGAGAGAGGGUGGUUUGGUUCAUUAAGGGGAAGGAAGGGCUUCAAUGUCAAAAGGGAAGUGAGUAGGGGCAGUUAUGUCUUUUCUUCUAAUUCUACAUCUUCUGCUGAUGAAGAUUAUCAUGACAAUAAGGUGAGAAGUGUGACAAAGAUGCAACGUUCUAGAAGCAUUUCCCACCUCUUCCAUGCCAAGCCAUGGGUAAGUUUUGAUGUUUAAACUCAGGUGCAGUCG